GAUCCCCCAGAUUAGUUAUGCAUCAACGGCACCAGAGCUCAGUGAUGACCGACGCUAUGACUUCUUCUCUCGUGUGGUCCCACCUGAUUCCUUCCAAGCCCAGGCCAUGGUAGACAUUGUAAAGGCUCUAGGAUGGAAUUAUGUGUCUACUCUUGCAUCUGAAGGAAGUUAUGGAGAGAAAGGUGUGGAAUCCUUCACACAGAUUUCCAAAGAGGCAGGUGGGCUCUGCAUUGCCCAGUCCGUGAGAAUCCCCCAAGAGCGCAAAGAUAGGACCAUUGACUUCGACAGAAUUAUCAAACAGCUCCUGGACACCCCCAACUCCAGGGCCGUCGUGAUUUUUGCCAACGAUGAGGAUAUAAAGCAGAUCCUUGCAGCAGCCAAAAGAGCUGACCAAGUGGGCCAUUUUCUUUGGGUGGGAUCAGAUAGCUGGGGAUCCAAAAUAAACCCACUGCACCAGCAUGAAGACAUCGCAGAAGGAGCCAUUACCAUCCAGCCCAAGAGAGCAACUGUGGAAGGUGCGUAUUUUGUCACCAGAG